AUGUAAAAUCUAACAAUGAUAGAAAAUGAAAAUGAUCUUGUAUGUAGCCUUCAUAAAUAGCCUGCAGUGAUGGUUAAUCUGGAUUCUUAGUUAGAUUUAAAUUAUAGACUCUUGUGUAAUCAAUGCAUUGACUUCGUUGAACCAGGCUCAAAAGUUGUUGGAUUUAAGAAAGCUGUUCAAAUGAUGGAAGAAAAACGAAUGAUUAUUUAACAGUUCUUGGAAAAUAUGAUUGAUGUAGAUUUCAAACAUGUUGAGUAAUUAUAUAAUCAAAUAAUGGCUUUGAAGUAAUAACUUGUUCUAUCAUUGGAUCAGAGAAAAUAACAAACAGACCAGAAUGAAAAGAUCAAUUUACAAAAUUAGAUUAAAAAAAUAAAUAAUGCUUGGAGCACUAAAUUUAAAUUGUAUUUAGGAUAAUUUCAAUAAUACCCACAAUAUUAAAAGUGUCAAGAAAUUUUGAACGAAAUAAAUUAAUCAGACGAUUCAAUUCAAUAAAAGGGAUUAGGCCCAACUAAAUUAGUACGUAUUGAUGAAUCAACAGAAUAACAAGAGAAGUGCAAAGCUAUCGCUUUUGAUCCAACAGGGAAGAUAAUGAUUUCAACCAGUGAUAAUGAUAUCAAAGUGUGGAAUUUUGAACAGGGAAAAAUCACAUUAAUUAAUACUCUAUAAGGACAUUAAAAGCAUAUAUAUUGUCUAAUAUAUAGCAAAGUAUAGAACUGCUUCGUAUCUGGAGCUAGUGAUGAUACAAUUAGAUUAUGGAAAGGAUAGAAUAAUAAUCAAUGGGAAAGUUCCUAAGAAUACUAGGAACAUAAAGAUCCUAUAUAUUGUUUGAUCUUAACAGAAAAAGAGGAUUAAUUGAUUUCAGGUAGCAUUGAUUAAUCAAUUAAAGUAUGGAUGGUAGACUUCAAUGAAAACAAAUUAUAAUGUCUUUAUUCUUUAGUGGAGCAUACUGCCUUUGUUGUUUCAUUAAGUUUAAAUGAAUCAGAGUAAGAUUUAGUUUCUUGUGGAUUUGAUGGGACAAUUAUAAUUUGGAGGAAAGGAUAAAAUAAUUAGUGGAAAUUUUAGUAGGUUGUUACCAAUUCUUUAUAAGAAUAAGGAAGGCAUGUUAAAUUUUUAAAUGAAAGUUCAUUCAUCUGGUUGGCUUAUAAGAGCAAUUAUGUUUGUGUCUUUGAAAGUAGUGAAGGGGUAUACCAAGAAAAUAUAGAGAAGAGAGUUGAAUUCAAGAAAGAUAAUUAAGCAUAAAUAAAUUGGCCAUACUUCCCUGUCGUUUAUAAUAAAGAUAGGAAUCUUUUAUGCUUAAGACAUAUAUUCCAUAUUUGCAUACUAAAAUUAGAAAGAAAUGGAAGAUUGUCAAUUAUUGAAGAAUUGGAUUAUUAAAAUUAAGGUAGUUAUGGUACUAUAACAAAAAACGGAGAAUACUUAGUAUUUUGGGGAGGCAAGGAGAACAAGUAUGAAACUUAUGAAAUAAAAUAUGAAUGA